AUGAAUGUGAAAAGUCCCCAUACCGAUACUAGGACCGUCCAGUUGACGGCUGAUGGUACCUCAGGAUACACUCACGCUGCGGGCUUGACUAAAGAAAGCGCAGCCAAAGCAUCUGAACUUCUUACAAUUAAUCAUACAUUGUACCAUACACGCUUCAAUGCAGGAUUUCAUAAUCACAUCGUCCAUCACCUUCUCGGUCUCUGGGCACUGGGAGCCAGACCCGAGGAGAUACAAGAUAUGUGGGAAUACAACACUAUAUAUCAAGCUCCCUUCGAAAAUGCAGAGCGCCUGGUCUCAGAGACACCUGACUUGAAGGACCCAGAAGUUUUCGCCAAGUGCCUUGGGAGCGACGACUAUUACUCAGACUUUAUGCGAUUCUUUGAAGGAGAAAUUGAUGCAAAGGGCGUGCCCGCAGUAAUGCGAGAGUACCUAUUGAACGGUGAUUCACGCGCAGAAGAUAUUUUUUGUCGGAUGUAUACAGAUCUCGUUCAUCCCAUAAUUCACCUCGGAUGCGCGCUUGAAUUUAAUCAACCCAGUCUCAUUGCAGAAGCACUCGCAGCGGCCUGUGUCCACGACAAUUGGCCCAAAAAAUUUCUCCUCCCGGCGGAGGAAUAUAACAAAUCAAACAAAGAUGUUUCUCCUAAACGUCUUUUAGAAAUCCUGGAUGAUCUCCGAAACGAUCCCGAGAUCUCCACCGCGGUAAAGCCUACCGACCCCUUCAACAAAAUUCGAGAUGGAUUACUUGCACGUGUAACUGGUGAACAACUCGCACCGUAUCUCAGUCAGUUCCAAGUAGAGCCUACCACCGAGGACUUGCAAAUGAAAUUGCGCGACAUGAUGCACACCUGCGCAUACAUGAUGGGGGCUGCGCAACAGCCUGGAAAACGAGAAACACUAGAUUUUGUUGUUCUACAUAGCGUUACCCUUUCGGUGUUCUAUCCCGCUAUUCUUGCAUUGGAUUGGUUGACCAAUGAAGAAAAGGCCCGAUUACUUGAAGCCAAAGCGAGAUGCGAUGCGGUGAUGUAUGCUGGCGUGGGAUGCCCCGAAUUCUAUCCCGAGCGGGUGAAAGAUUAUGUCCCAAGCCACCCGGAACAGGAGUGGCCAGAACUCUUCCAUCGUGCCAAUAUUUACCGAGACGAAGGACAUGUGGCCAAGGUUAUGCGUGCUUUGUACAGCUUGGAUCAACUGGGCGAUCCGGCGGAUGGUUUUCCUCUCGCAAAGGCUGACUUCUUCAAGAUUGCCCAUAUGGCGGUAGACUCUACCGAGGAGGUUUUCCAACCCGGUGGUCAUAAUAUGCCGGAAGCUGUUCGAGAUGGAAUUUUGGAGAAUGUGGGCAAAGGAGGCGAUAUGGUUGUGAAUAACAUGACCCGGUGGGUAUUUUAUGGUGGACUGGAAAAAGCUUGGCAGUUCGUUGCCGAUUCAAAGGUGGCUAACGGCCAUGAAUAG